AUGGCGGAAACAGCUGGUGGUGUGAAGAUGUCGUGCAACGAGAGCUGUGGUUGCCCUGUUCCGUGCCCCGGCGACGUCUCCUGCAGGUGCGCAACCAGCACUGAGACCACGAGUGGGGAUGGACACAUGAAGUGCUCGUGCGGAGACCACUGUGGCUGCAACCCGUGCACUUGUAAUAUUAAGAGCGUCGUCUCCACCGGGGUAGGCAAGGCCUACUGCAAGUGCGGAUCUGGUUGUACCUGUGUUACGUGCUCUACCUAA